AUGUCAAACGAUUAUUAUUUAACAUAUCGAAUUAUUGAUACAUUAAAACGUUCUAAUGCAAAUGUUGAUGAAUGUCAAGGUUCUAUGAAUUAUUUAGCAUAUGAUAAUAAAGAACAAAAUGAAAAAAAAUAUGUUUUAAAAAUUGUCGAUCUUGAAAAAUUAACAAAUCUUAGUGAAUUUAUUAAAGAUAUUUUAUGGUAUAAACAAUUAAAUCAUUAUAAUUUAAUGUCACUUCGAGAUUGUUUUCUUAUUGAUACAAAACUUUAUCUUGUUAAACCAUAUGCUGCAUUUGGCUCUUGUGCUGAUCUAUUAUGUGUUCAUCCAUUUGGUAUACGUGAACCAUUAAUUGCUCAUAUUAUAUGGCAAUUAUUACAAGCUCUUCGUUAUUUACAAGAUAGACAUAUUGUACAUCGUGCUAUUAGUUCAAAACAUAUUUAUAUAUGUGAUGAUGGACAUGUUUUAUUAGAUAAUUUUUCUCAUUGUAUAUCAAUGAUAUCACCAUAUGAUGGAAAAUUAAGACGUCAAAUAUAUGAUUAUACAGAUGAUCUUAAAGAUGAUAUAUUAUAUUUAGCACCAGAAAUAAUUUAUCAAAAUGCUGAAGGAUAUAAUUUUAAAAGUGAUGUUUAUAGUUUGGGUACUGUUGCAUGUGAACUUGCUAAUGGUAGUAAUACUUAUAUUGAUAUGCCAUUUGGAAAUUUAAGUAUGUUAUAUGCUAAAAUGCAAGGUUCAGAACCAAUUUUACUUGAUCAAACUCAACUAACAGAAGAAAUGAUUGCUCUUAGUGAUGAUAAUUCUAGUGCAUAUGUUGAAGAAAUACAAAGACGACGAUAUACAAAAGAGUUUCAUUCAUUUAUUAAAUGUUGUGUAGCUACACAACUUGAAUCAAGAUCUUCCGUUGAUGAAUUAUUAUCACAUGCAUUUGUUAAACAUUUAAAAAAAAUCAGUAAUGAUCCUUAUGCUCUUGCUGAUGAUAUGGCUAAAAUUCUUGGAUUUUAUGAAAAAAAACAAUCAAAUAAAACAACAACAAAUAUUGAUAAAAUAUUCGAUGAUUCCAAUAAUAAAUAUAAUAGUAUCAAUGUAUCAUGGGAAUUUUGA